GAUCGUGGACGACGAUGUCAGCUGGAAUAGCAUCGCCGCUGUCCAGGAGAAGGAGGAGGAGGAGGACGACGAAGGGGAUAUGCCCGUGGUGAGCGGGGAAUUAGGUCAAAUACGGUUUUGCAAACUAAAUCCUUUCUCCUUGCGGUCCACCUCGUGUGUCUCUUUGGGAAGUACUUGCCAAGCCCUUUCUCACUGCCUCCUCUUUGGUGCCAAAGCCACAUGGUAGGCCCAGUGCAGUGGUUCUCAUGGCUUUCAAGCAGCUGCUGGAGGCAAGGCAGAAAGUACCCGUGCGAUUGUCGGAGCCUGCUGACUGCCGCAGUGUGGCUUGUGGCACGGGCUGGAAAUCUUGGCAGCGAAGAGAUGAACAGUGAAGGCGGUGGCUCUAGAAAGUGGCAGAAUUUAUUGAUGAGCGUCCAGAUGAAGUGAAGCUCAUGGAGCAAUUCCGAACAAAUACGAAAUGGAAACUUUUAGGCGACCAGAAUGAAGACUCACAAAGUUCAGAUAUUUCAUUACCUGCCAAAUCUACCACGAGGCGACAGCGCCAUGACUCCCCGGACAAAUCGCCUCCAGGGAAACAGCGCCAUGACUCCCCAGAUCUGUCCCCUCCCAGGCGAGAGAGAAAUGAUUCCACCAACCUCUUGCCUCCCAGGCGACAGCGCCAUGACUCCCCAGACCUCUCGCCACCAAGAAGGAAGCGCCAUGACUCCCCAGACCUCUCGCCACCAAGAAGGAAGCACAAUGGCUCCCCGGACCAGUCUCCCCCAAGACAGAAGCGUCACGACUCCCCGGACCUGUCACCUCCCAGGCGACAGCGUCACGACUCCCCGGACCUGUCACCUCCCAGGCGACAGCGUCACGACUCCCCGGACCUUUCUCCAAAGAGAGUCAGUUCAGCGAUGGGGAAAAAGGGCUGCAAAAUCACAGACAAGUCACAGUCAGUAGGAGUCCAAGGAGGGCGAUCUCAGCUCAGGCAUGGUGUCUCUGACAAGUCCUCAUCACGUCAGAAGCGUCAAGCUACUCCAGAUCUAUCCCCUUCACGGAAGAAGAGGUACGAUUCUGACCCAGAUUUGUCACCGCCUCGGAGGAAGAGGACUGGGUCACCUAGUCUGAAAAAGCAGAGCCGAACAAAACGUGCUUCUCCAGCUACAAAAAAGCUUAGGCAGGUGCCCUCGCCUCAGAGGUGCCCAAGGCAUGACUCUGAGUCUCCAUCUCCAUGGAGGGCUACCCGGAACGCCUCCGAUGCAGACCACAGGCUAGGCUGUGUACGCAGUGAUUCCCCUAAGCAUGGUCCUCUCAAACAGAAUCAGAGCAAAUCUUCAGACUCUGAUUUAUCUCCUCCACGACGGACUCUGCCAGCCAGCGAGGAUCAGCGCAGUUCGAGGAGUCCCCCUGAUCUCUCACCUCGUCACCACCGUGAUGCUAAGGGAUCUCCCAAGAAGGCAAACGUGAUGUUAUCUGGGGUCAAAGCUGGCUUGGUGUCAGCUGAUGUGCUGCGGAGGGAACAACAGGAGCUCAGGAGGCAUGAGAGAAAUAACAAGCACUUGGAAGAGGAAUCCCGACACUCCGAGACUGUCUUCCGAGACAAGUCAGGCCGCAAGAGGGACCUCGUGCAGGAGCGGCUGGAGCAGAGGCAGAAAGCUGAAGCAAAGUCCGAGAGAGAUGAGCAAUACGCCAAAUGGGGAAAGGGGCUAGCGCAGGGGAGGCAACAGCAGCAGAAUGUGGAAGAUGCUAUAAAAGAGAUGCAGAAGCCAUUGGCUCGUUAUAUUGAUGACCAGGAUCUGGAUCGAAUGCUGCGGGAACAAGAGAGAGAAGGAGACCCCAUGGCUGACUUCAUCAAAAAAAGGAAGGCCAAAGAGAACAAAGAAAAGAAAGAAAAACCUAGGUACAACGGACCAGCACCUCCACUCAACAGAUUUAAUAUAUGGCCUGGGCAUCGCUGGGAUGGUGUGGACAGGUCCAAUGGAUUCGAGCAGCAGCGCUUUGCCAGGAUCGCCAACAAGAAGGCAGUUCAGGAGCUCGCGUACAAGUGGAGUGUUGAGGACAUGUAGGCAAGAUGAAGAACCGUGCAAAGCAGUGCUCCAGAGGUUCAGCUACUACUGCCAGAGCUGAGCGGAAUGGCUCACUCUGCCUGGGCCAAGCCCUAUCCUUGGCGUUCAGCAUCCCAGCAGACCAUCCUCUGAAAGGCAAGGCUGAAUUUAGAGGAGAGCUGCCAAAAGAGGAUUUUUCCAGCAGCCAGAGAGGACGAGCGCAGAGAACUGCAGCAGUGUUAUUUGGAGCAGGGCAGUGGCUGAGUGUGGCGGACAGGUGCGGUGGCCACUGCCUGCCAGACUACCUCAGCUCUCUGGCGCUCUCCCAUAAGGUGCUGCAGACAUUGGUUUCUGGUCCCUUUAUUUGUCUUCUAACAAAUCGUAGAAAUGAUAUGCUUAAUUGUUUUUAUGCCAAAUGCUUUUUCCUCUGAGGGCGGUUCAUAAGUCUUCAGCUGUCCUAAAUCUCAGGUUUUUCUUCAUGGUGAAAGUAUACUGAACGCUUGGUCCCUGGAGUUAACCUCAUCCAGUAGGUCAGUCUGUUCCAGAACUCUGUUGCAGUUUCAGUUGUGCUUGAGUUGUGCCAGGGAGCAACUAUACCCUAAAACUACUUAGUACUGUGAGCUGGUUCGCCUCUGGGCUGAUGUCAGAUCUGCCCCACGUCCUUCCCAGUGCACCCAAAAGGCUUCUGUUAAGUUAAUGUAGUUAUCAGGCCCUCUAGAGUUCACGGAGUCACCGACUUGCAGUGAAGUCAGUAAAGCUCAGCUUCUCCUAGCCCUGUCUGAGUAGGAAGCUGCUUGCUGUGUAGCCCUCUGGCUCUCUCCUACGAGAGGUUCAGAGACGAACCCGCAAUGCUGCAUUUGGCAGCAAAAUCUUCAGGAGCCCCUGAAACUCUUUAGGGGUCAAUUUCUUAUGGAAAUAAACAUAUGGAGGGUGUUUAAAUGCUUCCUCUGACUGUUAUUUCAGCCCCCUCCCCCUCGCCAGACUUCACACCAGACAGUGGUGCUGAUAGCUUGGCGCUUCCCUCGUGCUGCUGCCUGGGGGCUAGCUUCAGCGUGAAGCGUAACCCCUCUCUUGUGGUCCGAUUUGUCGGGCUUGGAGGCGGAGGCCAGGCAGAGAGCUUCCUUAAUCCCUGCUUGUGAGAAAGCACUUCUGGAAAUAAAUACAGUUGUUCCUGUCUAUGUCCCAGGGAGUGUGUCUUAAAUGCAGCCAGCAGUUUCCAUGGAGAUGCCUUGUCUUCAGUAGUGGUCAGGGGGCCAGACAUCAGAACUGCUCUGUGCAGUGAUUCUCAAGCACUAGGAGGGCUGUGGGCGCGAAGCGCAGGGACAAAGUCUCCUCUGGAGUGGGAGGGUCUCGGGACUUCCCUCCCUGUUUUUUUUAUUCACUGUGUUGGGUUUCUAGCAGUCCUGUAAUCUGUGUGUACACUUGUAAAUAACAGCUUUCUUUUUUCACUUGAUUUUGUGUGGUGGUGUUUUGUCCAAGGCAGGGAAAAGGAGGGUAAAUAAUUGUCACUGCCGGUGAAAGAACUGAAUAUAAUGUCUGCUGCAGCCACCACUGUCUGUGGCUACCUCUGCCAAACAAAUUGUGCUUUGCUAAUGUCUUUAUCAAAGUCUGCUGGGAACUAUCCAGGCUGAAAGUGGGAACUUACUGGACCCUAGCUGCGCUGACAGUCCCACCUGUAUUUAGGGGUAGUUGGUUAAGCUUCACCGCAUCCUUUGGGGACAGAUACCCUCCCAUUGCUGCUUGCAAGUGCAUAAACCGUGGACUGCUGCUCACAGACAGUGACUGAGGCCAGGAGAGGAGUAGAGAACGAGGCACCGCUUGUAGAUCUUGUGGGAGAGAGCUGUGUUUUUUUUACUGUAACAGCCAAAUUGAGGAAAACCAUCCUUGAGC